CACUCUCCUGACAUUGGAUUGGUGCCACCGUAGACUGGACUGAAACCAGACCUUUGUUCUUGCCCAGCUGGGUGAUCUGACCCUGAACAUGGGCCAUUUUUUUCAACCCAGGAUUCCUGGUGGGAGACAUAGGUGUGUUCCAUGCAGUAGCUGACAAUUCACACUUUGAGAAGGUACCUGUUUCGCUGUCCUUGCCAGCAUCUACGAAACAGGGAGUGAGCAGGUCACCGACAGCCCAAGCAGGAAGUAUGGGUACUAACACCACAGGACAAUGAUGAGACAGGAGGCAGAAAUAACUGAAGUUGCGCAACUGAGUGGAGAGGCAGGUCCAGCAUAAAAGUCCCGCUGGAGUGUGUAGUCAAGUGGACAGUACACAGACCAGGACCAUGGAGACCAGUGUCCUGCUCCUCCUUGUUCUUCUCGUGAGCUUCUUACUGCUCCUGAUCAGGGGUCACCCAAAGGCUCGUGGACAUCUCCCUCCAGGACCUCGUCCCCUGCCCCUCUUGGGGAACCUCCUGCAGAUGGACAGAGGAGGCCUGCUCAACUCCUUCAUGCGGCUUCGAGAAAAAUACGGAGACGUGUUCACAGUGCACCUGGGACCGAGGCCCGUGGUCAUGCUGUGUGGGACAGAGGCCAUAAGGGAGGCUCUGGUGGACCAAGCUGAGGCUUUUUCUGGCCGGGGGACAGUGGCUGUGGUUGAGCCAGUUGUGCAGGGAUAUGGUGUCAUCUUUGCCAAUGGGGAACGCUGGAAGACCCUUCGACGAUUCUCUCUGUCCACCAUGAGAGACUUUGGGAUGGGGAAGAGGAGUGUGGAGGAGCGGAUUCAGGAGGAGGCCCGAUAUCUGGUGGAGGAGCUGCGGAAAUCCCAGGGUGCACUCUUGGACCCCACCUUCCUCUUCCAGUGCAUCACAGCUAACAUCAUCUGCUCCAUUGUCUUUGGACAGCGCUUUGAUUACAAAGACCGCCAGUUCCUGCGCCUGCUGGACCUGUUCUAUCAGACCUUCUCACUCAUCAGCUCAUUCUCCAGCCAGGUGUUUGAGCUCUUCUCUGGUUUCUUGAAGUACUUUCCUGGUGCCCACAAGCAAAUCUUCAAAAAAGCUCAAGAAAUCCUUGACUACAUCGGCCACAGUGUGGAGAAGCAUAGGGCAACCUUGGACCCCAACAAUCCAAGAGACUUCAUCGAUACCUACCUAAUACGCAUGGAGAAGGAGAAGUCCAACCAACACACGGAGUUCCAUCACCAGAACCUCAUGAUCUCCGUGCUGUCUCUCUUCUUUGCUGGCACCGAGACCAGCAGCGCCACGCUCCGCUAUGGCUUCCUUCUCAUGCUCAAAUACCCCCAUGUUGCAGAGAAAGUCCAAAAAGAGAUCGAUCAGGUGAUCGGCUCACACCGCCCACCAAUCCUUGAAGACCGCACCAAAAUGCCUUACACUGAGGCUGUCAUCCAUGAGAUUCAGAGAUUUUCAGAUCUUGGCCCAAUUGGAUUGCCACACAAAGUCACCAAAGACACUUUGUUCCGAGGGUACCUGCUCCCCAAGAAUACUGAAGUGUACACCAUCAUGAGUGCAGCUCUCCAUGACCCACGGUACUUUGCACAACCAGAUGCCUUCAAUCCCGACCACUUCCUGGAUGAUAAUGGGGCUUUGAAGAAAAUUGAAGCUUUUAUGCCCUUUUCUACAGGUGAGAGGGACCUGUGCUUCCUUUCCCAGACACUAGAGGGCAGGCUCACCCUCCUGGAGACAGGACUAGGUCCGUGA